UUGCAAAUGGCGUCUUGUUUGGUGUUUGCGUGUAAACGAAUUGUACUCCUCUGAAUAAAGUUUUAAUUCCACAACGCACGCAAUACAUUAACACAGCCAUGUCGGACUCUGAAGAUAAUUCGGACGCGUCUGGUUCAGCAAGUCCGCGAUCUGCAAGAAGUCGCAGCCGGUCCAGGUCACGCUCUCGAUCACGUUCACGUGAUGGAUCUGCAAUUGAAGCUGAAGAUGUGGACUCAGAAGAGUUUGACUCUGAGGAAGAGGACUCAGACCGCGGGCGUAAACGACGCAAAAAGGAUCGCUAUGGCGGUUUUAUCAUUGACGAAGCCGAAGUCGACGACGAGGUGGAAGAUGAAGAUGAAUGGGAGGAUGGCGCCCAGGAAAUUGGCAUUGUUGCUAAUGAAGUGGACGAAUCUGGGCCUACAGCUAGGGAUAUUGAAGGACGACGACGCGGAACCAACUUAUGGGAUGCCCAUAAAGAGCAUGAAAUCGAAGAAUACCUGCGUAAGAAAUACGCGGACGACGGCGUGGCAGCUCGACACUUCGGCGAUGGCGGUGAAGAAAUGUCCGACGAGAUCACACAACAAACCCUACUCCCUGGCGUAAAAGAUCCCAACCUCUGGAUGGUCAAAUGUCGCAUCGGCGAAGAGAAAGCAACAUGCCUACACCUAAUGCGCAAAUUCCUCGCGUACCAAAGCACCGAGCAAGCCCUGCAGAUAAAAUCCGUCGUGGCGCCCGAAGGCGUCAAAGGCUACAUCUACAUCGAAGCGUACAAACAACCGCACGUGAAGGCCGCCAUGGAGAACGUGAGUAACCUCCGCAUGGGCAUCUGGAAGCAGCAAAUGGUCCCCAUCACCGAAAUGACUGACGUCCUGCGCGUUGUCAAAGAACAAGCCGGACUCAAAGCUAAACAAUGGGUGCGUCUACGUCGAGGUAUCUACAAAGACGACAUCGCGCAAGUGGACUACUUCGACAUGGCCCAGAACCAAGUCCAUCUUAAACUCCUACCAAGAAUAGACUACACCCGACUGCGAGGAGCUCUAAGAACCACACAAUCCGACUCCGAAGCGGAUAAAAAGAAAAAGAAACGACGCCCGCCUUGUAAACCCUUCGAUCCGGAAGCUAUACGCGCCAUUGGAGGCGAAGUCACAUCCGACGGUGACUUUUUAAUCUUCGAAGGCAAUCGCUACUCACGCAAAGGUUUCCUCUACAAAAACUUCACACUUUCCGCUGUGAUUGUCGAAGGAGUCAAACCCACACUCGCCGAAUUGGAACGCUUUGAAGAACAACCCGAAGGUAUUGACUUAGAACUCCCCACAGAGAAGGAGGAUAAAACUGUGAGUCACAGUUUCUCAGCCGGUGAUAACGUUGAGGUAUGCGAGGGCGAAUUGAUCAAUCUGCAGGGUAAGAUUUUGAGUAUAGAUGGCACGAUGAUUACUGUCAUGCCAAAGCACGAAGAUCUCAAAGAUCCGCUGCAGUUUCAAGCGGCUGAGCUGCGGAAAUACUUCAAAAUGGGCGAUCAUGUGAAGGUGUUAUCCGGGAGAUUCGAAGGUGACACCGGGUUGGUUGUACGAGUCGAAGCUAAUCGCGUUGUGCUUAUUUCUGACCUCACCAUGCAUGAAAUGGAGAUUUUACCUAAAGAUUUACAAUUGUGUACUGAUAUGGCGUCCGGGGUGGAUUCCCUUGGUAAAUUCGAAUGGGGUGAUUUAGUUAAUUUGGAUUCCGAGACUGUUGGUGUAAUUGUUCGAUUGGAGAAGGAAAACUUUCAUGUUUUGAAUAUGCAUGGGAAAGUUGUCGAGUGUCGGCCAUCUUCACUGCAGAAACGUCGUCAACAGCGGUAUACAGCCGCAUUGGACACCUACCGUAAUAAUUUACACAGAAAGGAUAUGGUUAAGGUUAUCGAUGGGCCACAUUCAGGAUUCUCCGGGGAGAUUAAACAUCUCUAUCGUAAUUUUGCUUUUCUACACUCAAUGGAGUUCCUACAAAAUGGCGGUAUUUUCGUGUGUAAAACAAAGCAUUUAUUCCUAUCAGGCGGUAGUAAAUCCGGCCCCAAUGGUGAUAUAACCGCUGGGUUUGAGUUGAUGUCGCCUAGACGCCAGAGUCCCAUGCAUCCUUCCAGUGGAGGAGGCGGCGGUGGUGGAGUUCGAGGUGGUGGCGGCGGUCGUGGUGGUUUCGGUGGUGGUGGACGCGGACGCGGUGGAGGAAGAGUAACUCGUGAUAGGGAUAUCAUCGGUACCACGAUUAAGAUUACCAAGGGUCAUUACAAAGGUAAUAUUGGUAUUGUUAAGGAUGCGACACAAUCCACAGCGAGGAUUGAACUGCAUACCGGCUGUCAGACAAUUUCGGUCGACCGAAAACACAUUGCGGAUGUUGCGCAACCAAGCAGGGAUCAUGGUUCUGCCUCGUCGUACUCCCGUGCGACUCCAGCGUAUUCCGGAUCACAGACGCCGAUGUAUCGCGAGACUGGUAAUAAGACUCCCAUGUGUGAUUCGGGGUCACGUACGCCAUUGCAUUAUGGUUCGAUGACACCGAUCCAUGAUGGAUCCAGGACGCCGAAUGCCGGCUCUGAGUGGGAUCCGUCCUCAUCGAAUUCGUAUCCAUCACCGGCGUACAGCCCGUCUACACCUGGGUAUCAGAUGAAUUCAUCGUUCACGCCGCAGACUCCUGGGACUAUUUACGAGGCGACUUAUUCGCCUUUCCAGCCUUCUCCGGGAUAUCAGAGUGUGGUGUCCACGCCGUCUCCCGCGACUGGUUAUGGGCAAUCACCCUCUGCGAAUCACCAUCCGUAUAAUACGCCUAGCAGUGGUUAUUCACCGGGUAUGCCGAAUAAUCCGCAAACGCCCGGCGCGGGUUUGGAUGUGUUCCCAAUGACUGAAUGGCAUACGGUUGAUAUUGAAGUGCGUAUUAGGGAUUCGCAUGAUGAUCAAGGUCUGGCUGGACAGACGGGUGUGAUUCGUAGUAUUAACGGUGCGAUGUGCUCGGUGUUUCUGCCCGAGGAGGAUCGCACCGUUAAUAUUAUGUGCGAUCAUUUGGACCCGGUGCGUCCGCAGCGAGGUGACUUCUUUAAAGUUAUCAUUGGUGAGGAGCGCGAGGCUACGGGCGAGUUGUUGUCGAUUGAUGCCCGUGAGGGUGUGGUGAAGAUCAAUGGGGAGAUCAAGAUGAGGCCGUUGAUGAAUCUAUGUAAGAUUCCCAAGCAGGAGUAGGCAUAUAGGGUAGCUAAGGUAAUGAAUGAAUUAAUUACAAUUUAAAUCUGCAUUGAGCGUUGUUUACGAACUACAAAUAUAUCGAUUUUCAUCCGUA